GCAGGUGAGGGGUGCUGCAGCAGAGGCCAGGCCCAGCCCUGAGGGAGUUCUGGCGCAUGGGCGACCCUGAGCCUCACAGCUCGGGCGGAGUGAGCCCCAGUGGGGGGGCUCUCCCCAAGCCUCUCGUGGGCCUCCAGCUCCAGCCCCACUCCACUGGCCUCAGAAAGAACUCGGGUCAUCUCUCAUGCCCGGCCUGAGGGCCAGCCCCAGGUGCUGGGCCGGGAGCCCCAGAGCUGCUGCCACACGGGGUUCCAUCAGGACGUGAGGCGCACAGGCAGCGAGCACCCUGCUAAGCCAGGAACUUCCUGCGUUCCCAGCAGCGAGGGCUGCCUGGGAUUCGCCUUCGUGGCAAGAGGUGGGCGCUUGUCCACCUGUCCCUCACUUGGGUUGGGUGGCCACAGUGUUUGGAGCUUGCGACGAGGUUUGCUUUCAGGCAGGCCAUUUACCUCCCCGCACCAGAGGUGUGGCCAGGCGCGCCCGGGGCUCGGAGCUCGCGGCCCCCGGGCCUUGCUGAGCCCGGCGCAGCUCCUCGCCUGCCCGGGCUCCAGGCCUUAGAGCUGCGCGGGCGUCAGGCAGGAGCCACCGUAGCCUGGUGGCGCUGUCCCCACAGGCAACAAAGGCUUUGUGGAGGGAGCGCCUCUGCUGUCCAGGCCUGGAGCCCUGCCCGCUGCCCCACGCCCCAAGGUCCCUGCAGGCCGCCUUCCCCCUCAGCCGGCUGGUUCCUGCGGGGCCCUGAGUGGCAGCCCCUUCCCUCUCCUGAGCAUGCUGUUCUUGCCCCGGGCUGGACGGAGGGAGGUGUAGCAAUGAGGCGCGGCUUCGCAGCUUCGAAGAUUCAAGGGGUCUGACAAGCCGAUAGCCCUGUCCCUUGGUCCCACGGCCGCCGUGGUAGCAGGCAGAGGGACUUCCCGCUGUCCUCCGGGCUUUGGUGGGGCUCCAGAGGCCCCGACACUGACACCUGCUAUUCCUUCCAGGCUGGGGCCCCGCUUGGCACCAGGCUGGGUGUGCCUGUGUCAUCCUAACCAGGAUGCAAACCUGCUGGACUGGCCUGGCAGGAUGUCAGCGUCAGCCCCAGGCAGGCUUGCUGUGUCCCUUUGGAGUUUGUGGACUAGGGUGGAUAACCCAGUGUCUUGGGUCACAGCGUCACUCAACAGUGCAGAGAUGUGUCGGGGUCUGCUGGCAGGUCCUGUAUCAGGAGUCAGGGAGGUCUUCAGGGAUCAGAGGCCAGCUAGGACCCAGCAGUGCGCACCCCCAGCCCAGUGGGGUCAGCCAUGGGGGGCCCCUUCUGCUGCCUGGGUGGUUGGCGAAGGGGGCAGCGCAGGAGGACAGGAGGCCCUGCCCUGCCGCCAGCCGCGCCCUCUGGCAGUGUUAGCCUGGUCCCAGGGGGAGGCUGCACAGGGGAUGGUCCUCGGCGGGCGGCAGGCAGGGCCUGCGGUGGCAGCGAGCUCUUUAAUGACAUAUUUAAGCCCAAACCUCAAUGCUGCCUGCAGCCAUUUCUGAGCCACUUCCUCUUGGAGGACUGUUCUGGGAAAGCCUGUGGCCUGUGGGCAGCACCUUCACCUGUCCUGGGUGAUCUGGGGCCUCUAUACCUGGCAUUGCUGGGGUAUGAACAGGACUCCCUAAAAGGAGACAGUGUGAGGGUGGCAGGUACAGAUCCACCCCCUGGUCACUCUCGGCCCCUGCUUGUCCCAGCCUUGGAGAGAGGGUGACAGGGGUCAGCUGGGUUCCAGGCCUCACUCUUACCCUGGGAGAGAAACUGAGGGCUGAGGCCACCCACCGGUGGCCCUCCGUGGCCCCGCCCCGCCCUUCUCCCCAUGAAGCACCAUCCCCCAAGGCCACGCACCCACCGCUGCCUCCGCCUCAGAUCUGGCCGGGACACUGCGGGGUGCUACCAGGCCCCUGUCCACCCUACCUGCCCCACCCCAGGGCGGCCCGCCCAGGGCUCCUUGAAUCCUGAUGCCCAAGGGUGAGUGAAGCUCCGGCUGAGGCCCUGCCCCCACCCCCUCUGCCUCACAGGCCUACUGUGAGGUCAGCAGCUUCUGGCAAGUUCCGUCCAGAGGUGUGUGGUGGGGCUGGGGCUGGACAUGGCCCCCUGUCCCCAGCCUGACUCCCGCCUGGUCGGCAGCCCCCUUGGCCUGAUAUGUUUGUCCCUUUUGCUCAUCCCUGCUGCAGCCGGAACCUACUGCGAAUGCAGCCUGGGCCUCAGCCGCGAGGCUCUCAUCGCCCUGCUGGUGGUGCUGGCAGGCAUCAGCGCCAGCUGCUUCUUCGCCCUUGUCAUUGUGGCGGUUGGUGUCAUUCGAGCCAAGGGUGAAACAUGCCCCGGACACAUGGACAGCAGAUUGGUGGAGAGCUUUGGGGUCCAGGAAGAUCGCAUGGAUCUGCGAACAGUGCAUGUAGAGUCCCACCUCGUGGACCCUGACCUGGAGGUCUCCACGAUGCCGCCCCUGGAGGAUCAGGGCCUCAUGACCAUCCCCAUGGACAUGAUGGCUCCAUCCCUGAGUCCAGAGGAGCCGCCCUUGCCUCCCCCACCUGACUAGGGCUGCAGGCAGCCGGGGGAAGGGAAA